GGGCUCAUAACUCAUAAUUCAUAAGAUAUACCUUUCGUUCCAAACAGUCUUGACUUUGGCAACCCCAGAAACCUGCAAAUUUCAUUUUUACACCGAAGAGAAAGAGAGAUGGGUCGUAAGAGCUUGAAGGUAGAGUUCGAUGAAUCGCCGCCAGAUGACUUCGAUCCAGAAAACCCUUACAAAGAUCCAGUCGCCAUGCUGGAGAUGAGGGAACAUUUAGUUAGAGAAAAAUGGAUCGACAUUGAAAAAGCUAAAAUCCUACGUGAGAAGCUUAAAUGGUGUUACCGUAUUGAAGGUGUUAAUCACCUCCAGAAAUGUCGUCACCUUGUUCAUCAGUAUCUUGAGUCGACUCGUGGGGUUGGUUGGAACAAGGAUUCUCGUCCUCCUUCCCUUCAUGGUCCCAAAGUGGAAGCUGUUGAAGCUGAAUGAUUAUGGCUUUCUGCUCGCAUUAUUUUGAGGUUCAGAUCACUAAUCCCAGAACCGUGAGGGCUAUAGGAUAAGGAUGUAAUGGCUAUACUACUGGUGGCCUGUUGAAUUUUAUUCUGUGUAGUUUGGUCCUUAAACUGUGUAGAUGUUGAUGGAUUUGGUUUUGAAUAAAUUGUUUUUGUUUCUGGCAAUGGGCUAUGUAGUUUCAUAGCACUGGUGGAUGUAGCACACCUUUCAUACUUAUAAAUGAGCUCCUUCACCCACCUUUCCUUUCUUAUAUUGUGCAUUCAUUUCAAGAUUCUAUCUGAAAUAUGUGUCUCUAAAUUGA